ACAAAGAAAGGGAUUGAAAAUGAGUGUCUCACACUCACAGAAUGAAAUUCAGAUUAUGUGUGCAGAGAACCUGGAGGGGCUUUGGGGUGAAUUACUUGAAGCAGUAGCAUUAGAAGUACUAAUAAAGCAAAUAGCAUGUACUUGACAAGGACCCAAAGGGAAAGAAAGAAGGAGAGAAGCAGCUGUUGGAGGAGGAGAGUGAGACAAAGAAGGAGCGGGGGGCUGUCCUUGCUUGCUCUUCACUGCAAGGACUGUAUGUAGGAGGAAGCAGUGGGAGAGCAGGAGCCAUAGGGGAAACAAGAGAGGAAAAGAGCAGUAAGCAGUAUGUUUGGCAUGUAAAGGGAUCCAUAUAUCUGAAAUUGUGUUUUGCAUUGUUGUGGGCCUUCUCACUAGCCUCAACUAAGCUGCACACCCUGGGUUGAGGGACCAUGCCGCAGGGGUUAACUCUUCCUUGGCUCCAUGCUCUCCUGCUGGGGCUGACAGGGCUCCUGGUGUCCGGGUCGGACUUCAAGCAUCACCAAUAUGAGGACAUGGUGCGAGCCCUGUUUGCAGUGCAGAGCGAAUGCCCAUACAUCUGUCGCAUCUACAGCAUUGGGCGCAGCGUGGAAGGGCGUCACCUCUACGUGCUGGAGUUCAGUGACAACCCGGGCAUCCACGAAGAAUUGGAGCCUGAGUUCAAGUACGUGGGCAACAUGCAUGGAAAUGAGGUGCUCGGCCGUGAGCUUCUCAUUAAGUUCUCCCAAUUUUUAUGUGAGGAGUACCGGGCUGGAAACCAGCGGAUCAUGAGGCUGAUCCACGACACACGCAUCCACAUCUUGCCCUCCAUGAACCCUGAUGGCUAUGAAGUGGCAGCCAGACAGGGUCCAGAGUUAAAUGGCUACCUGGUGGGUCGAGGGAAUGCCAGAGAUAUGGAUCUGAACCGUAACUUUCCAGACCUGAAUGCACUUAUGUACUAUUAUGAAAAAACAAAUGGACGAAACCACCACCUUCCUCUGCCAGACAACUGGGAGAAGCAGGUUGAACCAGAGACAUUCGCAGUCAUAAAAUGGAUGCAAAACUACAAUUUUGUCCUAUCAGCUAAUCUCCACGGAGGAGCCGUAGUUGCCAAUUACCCUUUUGACAAGUCAAGAGACCCUCGCAUUCGUGGAAGGACCACAUAUGCAGCAACUCCAGAUGACAAGAUCUUCAGGAAGUUGGCAAGGACCUACUCCUAUGCUCACAGCUGGAUGCACAAGGGCUGGAACUGUGGAGACUUCUUUGAUGAGGGGAUCACCAAUGGGGCCAGCUGGUACUCUCUGUCCAAAGGCAUGCAGGACUUCAACUACCUUUACACCAACUGCUUUGAGAUCACUCUGGAGCUGAGUUGUGAUAAGUUUCCUCCAGAAUCGGCGCUGCCCAGAGAGUGGCUGGGCAACCGAGAAGCAUUGGUUUCCUACUUGGAGCAGGUGCACCAUGGGAUAAAAGGCAUGGUGUACGAUGAGAACAACAAUCCUAUCAGCAAUGCUGAGAUCUCAGUGGCUGGCGUCAACCAUGAUGUGACCAGUGGGGUGGACGGUGACUAUUUCAGACUUCUGUUGCCAGCAACCUACACUGUAACAGCCUCUGCACCGGGUUACCUUCCUUCAACCAGCACCGUCACAGUGGGACCAGCUGAGGCCACACAGCUUCAUUUUUACUUGAAAACAGCUCCAAAACAAAACCUGAAAGGGAAGCCUCACAACGGCAAAAAGAACCUCUCGUCCCACAAAGCCCCAUCAAAGCUUGGCCCAAGAUGAGACAUGGACAAUAGUUUAGACAAUAAUUCACACAAACAUAAACACACACACACACACACACACACUGAAAGUCUGACAUAAAACAUACACAUACAUACCAAUUACAUCACUGAUAAAUGUACAUGAUAUAUCCUGUAGUUUUAGGGUAGUGUGUGUGUGUUUCUGUGUUUGUGUGUGUGGGUGUGUGUCUGUGUAAAUGUGUGUGUCAAACGCUUACAUUUGUUUUUUGUUUGUUUUUUUAUUAUACACUGUGUGUCUGUAUUAAAAUAAAUGUUGCAAGCAUGGUGUAUUUAUGUAACAGUGUUGAUAUGUAUGAAUAGAGGUCACUUGUAUGUGAAAACAUUUUUUUAAAUUGUGAUUGCAACAAUUUUAUGACAAUUGAAUAAAAAGAAAAAGAAAAUAA